GCGGCAGGCUAAAGGGCCAUUCAGCAACAUCUAGGAGCGUCCACGUCGGACAGAGGAGGAUGAAGGGAACCCAAACGGCUCUGUGUGUUGUUGUUAGUUUAGUCGACAGAAGGGUAACAGGAGCAAUGGCGGUUACAGCUGUCGGCGUAUAGACGGGACUUUUGGGUUUGGAGCGGUCGGACUGCGGACAGACACACGUGCGCUGGGUGAAGACGGAGAGCUCUCAGGAUGGCAGGAGUGUUCGACAUAGACUUGGAGAAUGAGGACAUCAGCGACACAGAGGAUGACGUCUGUGACUUCACUGUGACGGAACCAGAGACUGUGCAGACAGAGGAGGUGGAGCUGACCAGUGAGAGUGUCAACAGAGACAGCGAGAGAGUUGGACCGGACUGUUUUGAGCUUCUUACGGUGCUGGGAAAAGGAGCCUAUGGCAAGGUUUUCCAGGUGAGGAAGGUCCAAGGUGCUCAGAUGGGAAACAUAUUUGCCAUGAAGGUUCUGAAAAAGGCGAAGAUAGUUUGUAAUGCCAAAGACACGGCCCAUACUCGAGCAGAGCGGGAGAUCCUGGAGACGGUGAGACACCCAUUCAUCGUGGAUCUUCUGUACGCCUUCCAGACAGGGGGAAAGCUCUACCUCAUACUGGAGUGUCUGAGUGGAGGGGAACUGUUCAUGCAGCUAGAGAAGGAAGGCAUCUUCAUGGAGGACACUGCUUGUUUCUAUCUAGGAGAGAUCACAUUGGCUCUCGGUCACCUCCACUCUAACGGGAUUAUCUACAGAGACCUCAAGCCUGAAAACAUCAUGCUUAAUCACCAAGGACACAUCAAGCUGACCGACUUUGGCCUCUGUAAGGAAUCCAUUCAUGAUGGAAGUGUUACACACACCUUCUGCGGCACCAUAGAGUACAUGGCUCCAGAGAUCCUGACCAGGAUGGGUCACAACAGAGCAGUAGACUGGUGGAGCCUCGGGGCCCUGAUGUAUGACAUGAUGACCGGAUCACCUCCAUUCACAGCUGAAAACAGGAAGAAGACCAUUGAUAAGAUCUUGAAGUGUAAAAUCAAUCUGCCGCCAUACCUGACCAUCGAUGCCAAGGACCUCAUCAAGAAGCUCUUAAAGAAGAACCCAGCCCAAAGACUCGGCUCCAGUAAAACCGACUGUGCUGAUAUCCAGAAACAUCCGUUCUUCAGGCACAUCGACUGGACUGAGCUGCUGAACAAGACGGUGGAGCCGCCAUACAAGCCACAGCUGCAGUCGGACGAGGACGUGAGCCAGUUCGACACCCACUUCACAAGACAGACGCCGGUGGACAGUCCAGACGACACCACGCUGAGCCACAGCGCCGAGCUCGCCUUCGCUGGUUUCACCUACGUGGCUCCAUCAGUCCUAGAGAGUCUAAAAGAAGGCUUCUCAUUCGAGCCCCGAACACGAGCUGUACGCCGACACAACAGCAGCCCCCACACACCCAUCAGUCCUCUGAGCUUUUCCUCAGCGGGAGCUUUCAAGUCUCGCGGCGAUGGAGAGUCGUACCCCUUUCCCACCGCUCCACCGGCGGCUCCGGUUGCUGCCUCCCUGGAGAAUGGAGCUGCCAGUCAGCCAAUCAGGACGCCCGCGAGGAACAAGAAGCAGAACGGACAUCGGAGAUGAGGAGGACAUCUGUGAAGACCUCAGUCCGAUUGACAUUUUUCAGAGUAUAUAGUAAGUGUCGAGGCACUGAGUUAAAGUGUUUUGCUGGCAUCAGGCUUUUCUUUGAGGUGGUUUAAUUUAGAGGUGGCUGAAAAGCCUAAAUGAAAAGUGGAAAGCUCUCCAUUUUCCUUUCUUUCCCAAUCAGCUUUCAAAAGGAAUCCAGUAGUCUGGGGCCUGUUUGCCACUUACCUACAGGUAAAUCCCUCUACACGGAUCCACUGGAUCCACGUGGAAUUAUCAUGCUUUUCUUUAAUUUGUCUCAGAUGGUCACUUUAUUGCAUAAAACUUCCAUUUACAGUUUCCAUAUGUCUGCACGGAUAUAUGGGAAACGAUGACUUUAAAUCAAUAUUUUAUACAAGAAGCACUGGAAAGAGGGAAACUCUUCUUCACUGAUUCCAUCGUGAGGAGUUCUCAAUCCGCUCAACGAUGGAUUGAUCGUAACAGUGUUUCGUUUUGUAUGUACAUGCUAUCUCAUUUACAGUAAAGGGAAACUGAUAUAAAGCUUUUUGGUUUUUAAUUAGUUAAUCAGCGCCUAAUAUGUUUACCAAAGUCUCUCUCAAUAGGUUGGCGAUCAGUUAGAGAACUAAUGAAGGAUCACUUGAUUUACGUCCAAUGAAAAUGAGCCAAAGGUCAUCGAGGCUUCAAGUAGUAAGAUGUAUUCAUGGCUUGGAGUGGGACUAACGGAAUCUACAGAAUUAAGUGCUACAUCGCACACGGAAGGUUAUGUAUUCAUAAGUGUCAUAUUUGAUCUUCAGCAAACAUUUGUGUGUGCGUGUAAAUAUAGGAACGUUUUUUAUGACGACUGCCAAAGCGUUGAACACAUCCUGUCAUAUUGUACAGCCACACCAGUCCCACUAUGAUGGAGUGCACUGGACAUGGAGAGAUGCACUGUGUUUAUUCAUUUGGGCUGGUGAGGUUGUGUUCCUGUAUAGUAAUUAAAAUGUGUUAAUAUCAACACAUAACUCCGUAUAAGUAUUAUCAUGUUCAGUCAAAGCAGGCAGGUAAAAGCUGUGCUCUUGGAAAGCAAUUUAUGUUGGAUAAAAAGUAUUUUGGGUUAUCGAACAAACUUAUUUUUACAAAUAGAAUGUCAAAUAAUCUCAAUUAAUAUUAUUAUUAUUAAUAAUAAAAGAAGAAAAAAUGCUGAAUUGUAGUUCCUUCUGAACUUCAUUCCUGUGUGCGUUCUGCCUGACGCGCCCAUGAGGGCCGAUGCUGGGUGACGUCGCUGCGGACCACGCAAACAGGAACUCAGCACUUCUAUGGAUCAUGGAUAGGUUAUGAGGUCUGUUUGAUGCCAAAAAUCUUUCAACUUUUUAUUUUUCUUAGACCAAAUGACUCGUAGAUUGAAGUAAAUUGAGUCUCUUGUUCCAGGAUCAGAAUAAUUUAAAGGACCAGUCUGUAGGAUUUUAGUGAUCGUAAACUUGAGUUUUACUUUAUUUUUUAAUACCCCACCUGACGACAAAUUACGAGAACCCGACCUGCAAACCACCUGUUUUAUGCAUUAUAGUAGCACAGUUGUCAGACGCUCCCCCCCUCAUUCAUAUAUAUAUACAGGACUGUCUCAGAAAAUUAGAAUAUUGUGAUAAAGUUCUUUAUUUUCUGUAAUGCAAUUAAAAAAUUAUUAAAUAUUAAAAGAAUAAAAGGCUUGCAAUAUUUCAGUUGAUUUGUAAUGAAUCCAGAAUGCAUGACAUUUUAGUUUUUUUAAUUGCAUUACAGAAAAUAAAGAACUUUAUCACAAUAUUCUAAUUUUCUGAGACAGUCCUGUAUAUCAGACAGUAAAUGCGGAAAAAACUGAUUUAGGCAAAACAACAUUCUGAAAUAAAGUGCUUUAGGUGUCUCCCAGUUUCAUGGUGAUAUAUUUGAUCUGCAUGUAUUAUUGAUUAUUUUAUCAUUUUGAUUUAUUUAGUAUUGAACACAUUGGGUUUCCAUAUAAUCCACCUACCAGAGGGAGUUUCCCGUUUGCAGCAGUGGACGUCGUCCUCAUUAGCUCUGUUCACAACACACUGACCUGUGAACGGUCUGUCACUACCGUGUGAAUAAUACUCUGUACACUGCCAUUUGUUUCUGUAAUGACAUUGUUAAUAAUACAUGAUUUGAAAUGCAAGAUAAGGAAGCUGGGCUGUUUUAUUUUGUCUUUACGCCACGUUGCCACACACUGCAGUCGGACAUCUGGAACCACUGUUAAACUGUUCAGUUUAGUGUAUUUAUUUACAUUAAUAAUUAUAAGCUGAUGUAUAUAACGCUGUGAAAAGGACUCAACAUCGCCAGAGUUAAUGAAAGUCUUACGAGUCCAUGUUUAAGAUAUUUUCUUUAUUUGUCACAUUUGAUAACUGAUUAAUAUGAAGAAUAAACAACCAUAACUUGCUAAA